GCUUUUGCGAGAGUGGCUACAGAGGAAAUCCGUAUCUUCUUGGAGGAUGUGAAGAUAUUGACGAAUGUGCAGACCCUGACCUCAACAACUGUACAAAUACAAUUACACGCUGUGAAAAUACAGAAGGUUCUUUCCGUUGUGUCGCUGCUAAGAAUGUCAAGCUCUUCAUAAUCAUAGGUGUUAGCGCAAGCCUUGGUGUCUUAUUUCUGAUUUCCGGUGGAUGGUGGUCAUACAAAGUGAUAAAGAAAAGGAUGAGGAUUAAAUGCAAGGAGAAGUUUUUCAAACGAAAUGGUGGACUACUGCUAGAGCAACAACUAUCUACAAACAACAAAGACAAUGUUGAGAACACCAAAUUGUUUAAUUCAAAGGAAUUGGAGAAGGCCACUGAUCGUUUUAAUGCAGAUAGAAUAAUUGGACAUGGUGGACAAGGCACUGUUUACAAAGGUAUGUUGGCUGAUGGAAGAAUUGUUGCAAUAAAAAAGUCCAACGUAAUUGAUGAAGUGAAACUUCAAGAAUUCGUAAAUGAAGUUGUGAUUCUUUCACAAAUUAAUCACAGGAAUGUGGUUAAGCUGCUUGGCUGUUGUUUGGAAACAGAAGUUCCGCUUCUAGUUUAUGAAUUCAUUCCUAAUGGAACUCUUGCCCAAUAUCUCAAUGGCCAAAAUGAGGAGUUUCCACCAACAUGGGAUAUGCGUUUACGAAUUGCUAUAGAAGUUGCAGGGGCUCUUUUCUACUUGCAUUCAGCAGCUUCUUCACCAAUUUACCAUCGCGACAUUAAGUCUACAAACAUCCUCUUAGAUGACAAGUAUAGAGCAAAAGUAGCAGAUUUCGGAAUUUCAAGAUCUGUUGCUAUCGAUCAAACUCAUCUAAGCACACUAGUACUUGGAACUUUUGGAUAUGUAGACCCUGAGUAUUUUUGGUCAGGCCAGUUUACAGAUAAGAGUGACGUUUAUAGUUUUGGUGUUGUUCUUGUUGAGCUCUUGACUGGAGAAAAUGCUAUCUCAUCAUCAAGAACCAGAGAUAUCAAAAGUUUAGCUGCAUUUUUCGUUAGUUCGAUGGAAGGGAACAAUUUAUUUGACAUCCUUGAUAAUCGAGUCUUGAAUGAAGUAGAAAAAGAAAAAAUCAUUGCGGUUGCAAACCUUGCAAAAAGAUGCUUGAACUUGAACGGAAAGGAUCGACCUUCAAUGAGAGAAGUUGCAAGGGAAUUGGAGGCCAACCAAAUGUCGCCAAAAGUGUCUAACCUUCAAGAGAAAUAUGGAGAGAUUGAAGAUGUCGGAACUAAAAUAUCCAAGGAAUGUGAUGUUGUUUCUAUAUCAACAACAUCAGAUAUGGAUGGUAUAUUCGCGACCUCAUCUUUAGAUUCAUAGCCAUUUUUAGUAUCUUCUUAAUCAUCAAGUGAUGUUACACCUUGAUUUGUGUUGUAUUGUUUGUUCAAUAUUUCAUCUUGUAAGCUCCAUAAUUUGCAGUUUUCAUUAUUUAACAAAGAUAAUCUUAUAUAUGGUAGUAUAAAGCAUAAACGUCCACUAAUUUUCUUUUCAGUUUCAUAAGCAUCUAUUUUUAUACACGAAUAAAAUGG